AUGAAGAUGGCCCCCUCACAGACGGUCGCGUCGCCCAGACCCAGUCGUGGUUUCAGUUUCGGUGGCAGGUCUGAUAAAUCUCGCCGGUCGAGCAACGCUGGCAGCAAUAAAAUCUCUCUCAAAGAGUCUUCUGAGGAAAAGCACAGACGCAGUUUACAUACCAAAGCUGAUCCAACGCUUGCUAUGAGCGAAGCGCAACCAAGUACUGGCUGUGGCCCUCGAACAGUCGACUCUGGGCUCUCUAAGAGCUAUGCAGCACAAAGACCGAUUUGGGCAGAUUAUCAGUACGUACUGACAGCUUGUGCAAUCGGCUGCAACUUUCCACUGACAGUUUUUGUGAUCAAAGCCGAUCCCGAUCUUUCCAAUCCCACUCGUCCUCGAUUCGAACGUCCAUUGGAGACCAUUCGAUCUUUCGAAGCUGCUAUUGAAGGGACGUACAGUAGUAGACCCGUUUCCUGGGCGAGAACAGAGAGUUAUGUCGAUACUUACAAUGGCCAACCUCAAGAUAAUGGCUACUACCCGUACAACCAAGGCGGCGGUCGUCGACCUCGACCCAACCCGCGGGUGUAUACCGAUCAGACAGGAUACAGCAACGGCUCGAAUGGAUACGCACAACAUUCAUACCAAAAAUCCGUCGAUAAUAUCACUGCAGCCUCUGGGUCGGGCGGAAGCCACACUGAUGCUUGGGGCAAUUCGACAGACCCCAGUUCUGUGAAUAGUUCGAUCGACCAAUUGUCCCAGCAGCUACAAUAUGGACAGCAAGGGUUCAACUCUCAACCCAAUCUCAAUGGCUAUGCGCCAGCGCCUCCAAAGCCCCCCGUACAUAGCUUCAACCAAGCACCGGCCUUCGAUCCUAACGCUGGGGGCCCUGUCGGCGGCCCCCCAGCAGCCGCGUCAGCGCCCAACCGCCGUCAACUGCGAAAAUCGGUGAACAUGUCCGAUACAGGGGACAAGCGAAAGAGCUGGUUCAAGCGCAAGUUUGGCAAGGAUUAA